AUGCCCUUUGCAGGGGGAUGGUGCAAAGUAUGGAUUUAUUUCGGAUUCGUUUUCGCGUGGGCAAAGGGUGCACGUCCACGCUUUGAUACAUCCGCGGACAUGGGAUUGGUUCUAGUUCCGGCGGAUGCUGAGGUGGACUCUGUCAUUUUUCGGCUUCGCGCCACCGACCAAGAUGCAGAUUUCCCGCUCGUUUUCGAAAUAACCGCUACCAUCACACCUGUUGUGAGGAUCGACAACCUACCGUGCACGUUGUACAACAAAGUGUGCCAGGCUAAUGUGAUUCUAACGAAACGACUAGUCGCCGGACGGCUUCACGAUUUUGCAGUGAGGGUUCGAGACACGAAGGGAGACUCGAACUCGAUGCAAGCCACAAUUUCAGUUACGAACGCAACCACCCCCCGUGACAAAAUAUUCCCGCACAUACCCUCGCUCAUAAUGGUGCCGGAGCAACCGAAAGAGCUUUUCACGAUAAGGCAACGGCAGACACCCACGCAAACGCGAGGAAUAAUCGUGUUAACCGGAGAGCUAGACUUCGAAACUCAAUCCAUGUACACCCUCACCAUGUAUGCCACGGAUCCGUACUCUGAACAGGGGAAAGACACUCGAAACAUCGCGGGUUUGAGCGUCAUCGUGAUCGUGCGAGACGUCCAGGAUGUCCCCCCAAUCUUCACACUAGCUCCACCCCUCACAAAGAUCAACAACUCUGUACAACCUGGUGAUAUAAUACUGCGAGUGCACGCCGAGGACGGGGACAAAGGUGUGCCGCGUGAAAUCGUGUACGGCCUAGUGUCCGAGGGCAAUCCCUUCACGCCCUUUUUUAACAUCUCGGAAACAAACGGUGAGAAAACGGACUUGCAAUUAGUUCGAAGACUAGGUAAAUCUAAAUUUCAAAUGUCGAUAUGGUCGUUAGGUGAAAUCAGCCUUGCCAGGCCUUUGGAGGAACUCACCCAGAUCACGCACGUCGGAGCACCGGUUGUCCUCACGGUGGUUGCUGAAGAGAUAAGAAGAAGCAGAGAAGAACCGCCUGCCCAAGCGACGGUUGUUGACGUUGGCUUUCUUCUCGGGGAGCCAGGCAACAGCCCGCCAUACUUCGAGAGCGAUAAUUACGUCGCGACGAUAGACGAAAAUCCGGAACCGGGGACUGUGAUCAAUUUCGGCGAGCAAUAUUCGACCCGAGUGAAGGACGAGGAUAUCGGUAAAGCCGGGGUGUUCGCGUUGAAGUUGGAGGGCAACAACAACACGUUCGAGAUAAGUCCAACGGUGGCGGAACGCGCCGCGGAUUUCAUCGUGAGCGUUCGAGACAACGCGUUCAUCGAUUACGAACGACACAAAGUUCUAUCGUUCAAGAUCGUGGCACAGGAGGUUGGUCCAGCAACGAACCUGUCCGCAUCGGUGCCGGCCACUGUGUUCAUAAGAGACGUUAACGACAACCCGCCGAUAUUCGACGAGGAGUCGUACGAAGUAACGUUGUCGGAAAACGUAACCGCAGGCUCGCGCGUGAUUCAGGUGCACGCGACUGACAAAGACACAGGCGUUUACGGGAGUAUCCGAUACACCGGUAUAAUUGGAGAAGGCAGCGAAGCUUUCACCAUGGACCCUCACACUGGAUUCAUAACUGUCUCUAUGGGUUCUUCCUUGGAUCGCGAGGUCGCAGCGACGCUCGUACUAACCGUCGAAGCUCGAGACGAGAAUGGGAACGGGAACAGCGGCGUUGUUCCAUUCAUAGUCAAUCUAAUCGACGUCAACGACAACGCACCCAUGUUCGAGAAGGACGUCUAUGAGUUUAUGUUGAACUCUGACCUGACUAACUUCACGUCGCCAGCUUUGGUAAAGGCAAUCGACAACGACGCAGAGCCACCGAACAACGUGGUCAGGUACGAAUUAAUACACGGGAAUUACGAGAACAAAUUCUACCUGAACGAAACGAGCGGUGAACUGACGCUUCUGUCGCCUGUGACGAAAAUCAGGCGAAAGAAGCAAAGCUCAAGCAACGCGGGAAAUUCGACUAAGGAGAUGACGAAACGAUGGAGACGAGCUGACGACUCUGAUGCACUCUACACUCUCACUGCCAGAGCAUACGAUUUAGGUGUGCCGCAUCUUUCCAGCGUGGCGAGAAUACGAAUUCUCAGUGGGGCCGCGAUGGAGGCACGCAUAAUGAUGUUCGUAGUGCCAGGAGAACAGCCAGACUCGACGAAGACUGCCGAAACUUUAGCUGCCAUUACCGGUGGCCGAGUCACCGUGUUGGAAACGCGACCUUACGUUCAACAGAAUCAUACUGGGAGUACAGGAAUUCUGCCUGCAGGAGUGAAGAAGUUAGUGAUC